AUGGCCGAUUCCUCGGCCCCGCACCCAUCGCGCGUCCUCGCCGGCCUGAGGGGCGAUGCCAUCCGCCUUCGCCUCCUCUCGCGCCUCUGGAACUCGGCCACCGACCGCGGCGCCUCCUCAUCCUCGUCCGCGUCGUCGAUCUCCAACGCAGCUAUGCCCGCGGCCCUGAGCCCGGCCCGCAUGUGGCGCGCCAGCCUCGAGAGCUCCUGGUCCUUCGUCCUCCUCGCAGCCUCGCUCAUACUCGCAUCGCUCUUCGCCUUCUACUGGUUCCUACGAUUCAACCUCUCCCAAGGCUCCUCGAAGCAGACAAACUCGCUCUGGCAGCUCUCAAACGACCUCAACGCCGACAGCAACAUCAGCUACGGCGAAGUCGAGCUCGACAGCGACGAGUACGAGGCAGAGGCAGAGGCAGACGCCGCCGCCGGAGGAAAACGCCCCUGCUACCUCGGCGGACAUCGCGCCCGCGCAGGCCUCCGAAGGCUCGUCGGACGCGACCCCACGGCGGGCACCUUUGCCGCAGGCAUUGCUGCUGCUUCAAAGAGGAGCAGCAGCGUCAUUCGCAUCGUCAGCUCCGAUCCCACCAGCAAUCUCUGCGACAACCCGCUCCAGCUCGAACUCGAGCCCCAACGCCGCACCCUCAUCCCCUCGGGCCCCUUUGCCUCUCCCCCAGCCGCGACCGCCAGCGCGUCCAGUACAGAGGGCAUGGCCGCUGCCACCAGCUCCUCGGCGGCAGCGACGACGUCCACGGCCGCGGCUGCGACGCCUGCACGCCGCUCUUCGUCCUCGGGCCCUCCCGCGCCCGGUCGGAGGAGGCGCGAGAGCGGACGUCUAUCGGGCGCAGCGGCCAAGGGGUCUGCCGCGAUCCGCUCGCCUUCGAUCGAUGCGACCCGCUCUGGACGCUCCAAGCAGGCCGGCUCGGACAAGGCGGCAGCUUCGAGCCCGCAGCUGCGGCCGCGUCAGCUUCCCCUGCUCAUCAACGUCGAAGGGUCGGCCAGGCGAAAGGGCUCGGCCAAGAAUGCUUCUUCCACUACCGCAGACGACGAGUGGACCGAUGAGGUGGUGCCCGAGCACGAGGGCGGAGCGGCCCAGGGCGAGGACGACGCCAGCAGCAUGGCCAGCCCCAGCGUCGCUUCCAACCACUCGUUCGUCUCGGCCUCGUCGGGCCACCGCGCGCGCGGCAUGGCGGGGCGCGACGCCAGCAGCCCGAUACCCUCGCCGGCGUCGUCGACGGUCCCGCUGCCCGGGCGCAUGUCGUCCAUCCUCAAAAAAGAACCGCAGGCUUUCCGUUCGGGCCUCCUCUCGCAGAUCGACAUCUCCUACAGCCUCGUACAGCGCUCGGCUUCGCUGGCCAACAUCCACAGUCCCGGCGGGCAGCAAGGCGCCGACGCUGACCAGGCCUCUGCAGCAGGCCACGCACCACCGCCGCCGCCCUACUCGGCCGCCAGCCCCGCAGCGUCCCCGCUGCCGCCCCACGCCAUGAGCCUGCCUUGGCUGCGUCGACCCUCGAGGCAGAUCAAGCUGAUCGAGCCCGACUGGAGCGAGCACGCCGAAACGCACGACCGGGCGCGCGAGCGCCUCGAGACGGCGGCCAUGGUCGCCGCAUCCGGCAGGCGCUCCGCCAGCUUCGAUCUGGGCUUGCUGCAUAACAGCCCGCUGGCCGGCGCCGGCGCCAACGGACUAGGUUUCGUGCCGGGCAUCGGUGGCGGUGGCGUCGACGACUGCGGCAAAGACGACGAUGCCGACGAGUUCUGGUUUGAGCGCUUCACGCCGAGCACCGCUGCGGCUGGGCGGGACUGGGACUGGCGCAAGCGGAGAGCGCGCAAUGCUCGCAACGCCGCCUUGACGGCCGCUCUCGAAGGCCAGGCGGAAGGCGUCGCCGGUGCCUCUGCUCUCGGUGGCGCACAACUCGACGUCGAUGGGCUGCAGCCGCAGAACGCGCCACCGCCGGCGGUGCCCGGCCUCGUGGCCAAGACGGAUGUGCAGCUGCAAAAGGGCCAGGAUGCGGGGUCCCACGCUACAAUCAAGAGGACGGCUUCGCCGCGCAGGCAGAUGCCCCUGGCUCCCCUCAUCUCCUUUGCCGACGACGAGCUGCCACGCCGGCCGAGCCUGACGAUCGAUACCAGCCGGGACGGCGGCAGCGAUGCGCAGUCGGCGAGGCGCACCUCAUCUUCCGGCUUCCUCUCGCCGCGCCGCUCGAGCGGAAGCCUCGUGUCGCCUACGGAGGACUCGAGCCAGCUGUCGCCGCGCUCGAAGCCUCGCGACGACCAAUCACUGUCCGACCCGACGGCGUUUCUGGCAUUCGCGUCUGCUGCGGGAACGGGCACGCUCAACAGCGCGAUUGCAUCGGCUGGCGCCACCAGCCCGACAUCGAAAAGGAGCGGCAGCGCCACCGCCUCGCUCAAGCGCAACGUCAGCAAGAUGAUGCGCCGGAGAACGUCGGCCAACGACGCCAUCCAGGCCCACGACAGCCUCGGCCUCACCUUGAUCCCUGCGGCGUCGAUGAGCGACGAGAGCCUGGUGGAGAGCCGGAGGUCUCUUGACGAUCUGACCGAGCCCCGGACCUCGAUCGGGUCACGCAGGGCCUCGGACACCGCAGGCCCGUCGCCGUCGCCGUCGUCAUCGUCGCUCUCGUCGGCGCGCAAGGUGCUCAACUCGAGCAGCAGCGAGGGUUCCAUUGGCUCGCUCAGCGUACCGAACCGCUUCAGCAGCCUCGGGCGCAAGGUCAGCCUGGGCGAGCUGCGCGGCUUGCGGCGGGGCUCGAGUCCGCUCGCCGACCUGCGGCAGGGCUCUCCGGGCGUCGAGCUGAUCUCGUCAAACGAGGUGCCGGCAGGCACGCCCGAGGCAGAGAGGGAAGCCUACCUUGCGCUUCUGGGCAUGUCGAGCGGCCAAGGCGGAUCGGCUCCGCGCAGCAGUGCGGACGCCUACGGCGUCGCUCCUGCGCGUGAGGACGGCGAUCGAAGCGGAAAGACGGAUGCUGGCGUCGUCAGCUCUGGGUCUCCAGUUGCGGCCGAGCUUGUCGGCCCCUCUUCAUCGACGACCUCACCAAAGCGGUCCCGGCGUUCCGGGAGCAGCAGCGGCAGCAGCGUUGGUGGCUCGAGCACUGCCGAUUCUGGCUCUAUCCGGCAAAGGGCUGCGGCGGCGCUGACCCUUUCGCAGGUCACGGAACCUCACACGGAUCUGCGGGUCGACGUGUCUCCGGCGCGGCUCAAGACGUACCAGCGAUCCGCCGAGGAGGCGAUGACGAGCCCGUCGCCUCUGAGCCCGCUGGGUCGCGAGUCGGACAACUCGUCGGUGGGCGCCAUGCUGGCUGCGGCUUCGUCGUCGAGCCCUCCUGUAGCCAAGACCAAGGUGCGGUCUGGGAGCCGGUCGAGCAUCCUCAAGAGCGCGGGCGGUGCGCGCAACGAUCUGGAUCGCACCUCGAAUCGCGCGCGACGCAGCUCACGCACCAGCUCCAUCUCGUCUUCGUCGACCUCGACUACGACGGGGGCAAACGGAUCCAUCAGGAGGUCUGCGCCGCACCUCCGCGCGCCCAAGCGCGACACGGCGCCGGUGCCGAUGCUGCAGCCCGAGCCUGCGCCGAUGGGCAUGGCGGCACGGGCGCGGUCGGCGAGUCUGUCGAGCAACGGCAGCCGGAGCAGCAGCAACGCGAGCCGGAGGGACGCGCUGGGCGCGCUGACGAGCCUGGACAGCGCACUGUCGUCGCGGUUCAGCUCCAAGUGCAACACGCCCGACGAGACGUCGUCGCGGCUGGGCGAUCCAUUCGGCAUGACGCCCAUGUCGCCGUCUUUUUCCAGCAGCUCGAUGGCAUCGGUGCUGCAGACGUCGGCGUCGAGCCCCGAUCUGCAGCGUGACGGCAGCCGCGGCGGCGGUGGCCCAGGUGGAGCGGUGGACGGCAAGGCCAAGGCAUCGACCCGGCCUUCGUCGCCGCCUCCCAACAUGCCGCUGCCUUCGCUGCCCGUUUCGAGCAGCAGCGGCGGGAUCGAGGACGACUCGGUGCGCGAGGCCGUUGAGCGGGGCGAGCGGGCGAGGAAGGAGCGCAGGAGACGCUCUGGGUCUCACCCGCAGGCGCUGGUCUCGCCACGCUCGCCGCACGAGCAGCGUGAGCCGCAGCAGCAGUCGCCCAGGGUUGGCGACCCAGCGGGUGCUGCCGAUGCAACGACGGCGUCAGCCUCGGUCAUGGCAUCGAGCAGCUCGGCGCCCGCUUUGGCCGCGGGAAAGCAGCGCAGGAUGUCGACGUCGGCGCCUUCGUCGCGCGCCGGGCCCAACGGCGGCGAUGCCAACGGCAGUGGCGGCAAAGAACGGCUGGUGGGUGUUUUGUGA